AUGGAGAGAAGGGAGGAAUUGCAUAAGCACGGCUGCAGUAUAGCAAAGCAGACCAUAUUGACAACUCAUCCGAGCGGUCUCCAGACAAGAGUGUCUGUAGAACUAGCGAAUUUCGAUGCAUUGUGUGUUCAUUCCAAGUGUAACAGCAGCCCAUUAAAAAGACCAAUGUUCGAAGGAAGCCCCUUUACGACCCGUCGGGGUUUUCUUGGUGGCGUGUCUGGUCAUGCUACCCCAGUAUUGGGUAGACGAAGUGAUGCUGUCAAUGAAGGGAGACUGUCCCAGCAAUGUACUCCUGUUAUGAGACGGCGGGAGUUGGUGGACAGUCCAGGGGGCUCUCCACUGCCUUCCAGGAGAGCUGACAAUGACGAACCAGAGGAGGGAUGCGAGAUGGACAACAGUGUUAUUAGUGGCUGGUUGAAGUUCCGGGACAACAAGCGGGUAAGUUUAGUUGGUAUUUGA